AUGGAGGCGGAGGGAGGAGCCCACCAAGCGCAAGAAUCGAGCACGUCGCCGGCGGAAGUAGGCGGGGAAGGAGAGCGGCUGCAGGAACCUAGGAAGAGAAGGCCGUGGACGGCGGCGGAGGACGCUCUGCUGUUGGCGGACGUCCGGGCUCACGGCUCGGGAAAAUGGGAUGCGGUGACGAAGCGCACCGGGCUGGCGCGCACCAGCCAGAGCUGCCGGUAUCGGUGGUUUAAAAGCCUCCUCCCUGGCCUCAAGGACGGCGUCGCCUUCUCACGCGACGAGGAGAUCCGCCUCUGCCGCCUCCAUGCGGCGUUCGGCAACAAGUGGUCUCGUAUCGCCGCCCAAAUGGAGGGCAGAUCGGCGAGCGAACUCAGUCACUACUGGUUUUCCUACGUCAACCGUUGCCAGCGGGCCGGCGUCAGCAUCUACCCUCCGGAAGUACAACAAGCCGCCGCCGGACAAUCUGACCUCCACCGACCAGAACUCGAAAGGAACAAGAGUCAGACUUCUUCUUUACCGCAACAGCCUCCGCCGCCGCCGUAUCUGCUUCCCGUCGUCUAUCCCAAUUAUCCCGCCGUCUAUCCCAAUUAUUCCGCCGUCGUCCCCACUCAUCCGCCGCAACCACUCGGUGCCGUUUAUCCUGUGACGAUGGCAACCGCUCCUCCUCCUCCUCCUCCUCCUCCUCCUCCUCCUCCUCUUAUCCCGGUCAUAGAGGAGCUCGAGGCGUUGCCCGACAGCCAGUUUUGGCCGAUCUUCCUGGCAGUGUUGAAUCAGGAUGUUGAACAGGGGAGGCAACCACAGCCUCCGCUAGUACUGUCGAAUCAGGAUGUUGAACAGGGGAAGCAGCCACAGCCGCCGUCGCUACAGUUGGAACACGCAACGGAAUUUUACGAGAAAACACAGCUCUUAGCCUCGCUCCUACCGCAGUCGAAUCAGAAUGUCGAGGAGGGGAGUCAGCCCCAGCCGCCGGCGCUACCAAUGGCAAACGCAACGGAAUUUUACGAGGAAGGUCACCCCCUGACGUCGCUCCCGCCAUUGUCUAAUCAGAAUGUUGAACCGGGGAGGCAGCCACAUCCGUCGGCGCUACUGUCGGAAAACCCAAUGGAAUUUAACAAGGAAGACCAACCCUCGACGUCGCUCCCGCCGUUGCCCGAUCAGAAUGUUGAACAGGAGAGGCAGCCACACUCGCCGGCGCUUCCGUUACAAGACGCGACGGAAUUAAACGAGGAAGGCCAGCCCUUGUCGUCGCUCCCGCCACUGUCGCCGCUCCCGCCACUGUCGCCGCUCUCGUCAGUGUGGGAUCAGAAUGUCGAACAGGGAAUGCAGCCCCAGUCGCCGGCACUAUCGUUUGGAUACGCACCCGAAUUUUUCGACGAAUUUUGGGGCUUUUACUGA